AUGAAUGCCGAUCUUCUGGCGUCCAUCCAGAGUGGCAAGGGUCUCAAGAAGGCCGUCACGAAUGAUCGUUCCGCACCGGCAAUCGAGUCUAAGAGCGGUGGCGGUGGAGGAGGUGGAUCAGGCAUCACACGCUCCGGGGCUGCCUCGUCGGGAGGUGGCGGCUCAGCGCUGGGUGGUCCGCCAGGUCUAGGAGGUCUCUUUGCUGGUGGCAUGCCAAAGCUCAAACCUAGCGGCGGAGGCGGUUCGACCAUCAACUCGAGUCUGGGCAAACCACCUGCUCGACCUGGUGCCAGUGCCCCUCCCUCUCGUCCAACAGCAUCGUCUCCAGCUGCCCCUCCCCCGCCACCUCCUCCCGCAGGAGGCGCUUCUCGCCCGGCGCCGCCUCGGGGACCACCCCCUCCGCCCUCAGCAGCCGCGCCUUCUUUGCCAUCCAGGGGUGUACCGCCUCCACCGAGCAGACCAGCAGUAGCGGCGCCAAGUGCAGGUGCUCCUCCGCCCCCACCACCGCCCCCUCCUGGAAGACCAACAAGCAGCGUGCCCACUGCACCUCCUCCGCCGCCUCCGCCUGGCCGACCAAGUGCUGUCGCUCCUCCUGCUCCACCUCCGCCGCCGCCAGGUCGACCAACUAGCAGCACUCCGAGCGCUCCACCGCCUCCGCCCCCUCCGGGACGCCCAAGUGCUGCUGCGCCCCCUCCACCGCCUCCUGGUCGUCCCAGUGCUGCUGUUCCACCUCCUCCCUCAAGGCCCAGCCCAGCAGCUGCUGCACCAGCACUGGCAGCUCCGUCGACUCCGUCUCGACCUUCUGCUGUGCCUCCACCUCCACCACCUCCUCCGCCUGCCAGCGGCGGGACGUCAAGCGCACCACCAUCACGCAUCGUCCCCGUGCCACCUCCUGCGCCGUCCUCGUCGGCUCCCACACCACCACGACGUUCUGCAGCGCCGCCGCCGCCGCCGCCACCGCCUUCCGCGGGAGGACACUCUCGCACCAACUCGGCGGCUCCCUCUGCGCCACCUCCGCCUCCACCGCCCGGUCGUGCAGCACCGCCAAUCCGAGCACCGCCUCCUACCACCUCGACCGCUGCCCCGCCUGCACGUGUUCCGCCACCGCCUGCGGCUGCUCCUCCGGGCCGCGUCCCUUCGGCACCCGUAGCUGCGCCGCCCAUCCGCACAGCUAGCUCGACCCUCGCUCGUCCCAACGGCGGCUCGGCGGCGGCAGCGGCUCCACAGAUCAGCCGGAUUCCAAGCCCGCCUCUCACCUCGGGCUCGCUGAGCUUUUCACCCAGCACGAGUUUCCCGCCGCCGAGGGGGUUCAAUGCGUCGGCUGCCUCGCAGCAUAGGUACCCGAGCGGCGCAUCGAAGGGGUCUACUUUCGAUCUCCGCUCCAUGGCGGCAUGA